AUGCCUUCCCAAGUCGAGUUUCUUGCCGCUCUCAAGGCAACAGAGAAGGCCACUCCCGCCCCCGUCGCUCUGCAAGUAGAAGAAUCCUGCGAGCCAACCGAUUUGCCCCCGGCCGAGAUUUCUCGCGCUGCGACAGUCGGAGAAAGCCAGGAGGAAGAAGAAUCCACCUGCUGCCCCAUCUGCACCCUCCCGGCCGCCACCAUGGUCACGACUCCCUGCUCCCACGCCUUCUGCCCCGACUGUGCUGAAGCGUGGUUCCGCUCCUCUCGCACAUGCCCAAUGUGCCGUCAAGAACUCUUCUCUGGUGAUCUGGCACCAGCCCCAUGGCCACCAGCCUGGCUACCCCAAGAUAUCGUCUGGUUGCCUGUCGGAGAGAGCGAAGUCGAAGACCAGGCCGCUCGAGCUCGCGCGUCGCUUGUAGGCCGCGAGGGUGGACGACUCCGGGAAAUCCUCGAAGUGGAUGAACCAGAGAGAAUGCCGGUGGGAAUGUCUCGCCCCACGUGCGAGCACAUGGUUCCGGACGUUGGAAAUGAGGAGAUGGCGGAUUUCUUGCAGAAUUUGAAGUUGGCGGUGUUUAUGGCUGUACAUUGGUUCAAGCCUCGCCUUCCGCCACUUCACGAGAACGAUGUCAAUGCAUCAAGCCAAGGAGGACAGAGGGAGGACGAGAAUCCACGAAGAUAUGCCGAAGGAGCGUGCUCGACUGCUUGGAAGAUCGUCAUGGACUCGAUGAUGAAGACGGUCGCAGAGUUCAUCGAUGCUGAGACCGGGGAGCUCUGGCAUGUGCAUGAGUAUGGAGAAGAUGCCCUUGCAAGGUUGAGGAAGAGACUGCAUGGGAACUGGAAAGACGCUUGGGCGGAGCUGCACGUUCGCAGUCAACCCUCUGUCGCCUCAAGGAAACAGAAAAGGGCUAAAGCCAAGGGAAAGAAUGCGAAGCCUGUAUUCGAAUGGCCACGUUAUUCGGACGGAUACGAAUCGGUCAUCAUGCUCACGACUCCAGCGCCAGAAGACCCGCAAGCAGCGCAGGACGAAGGCCAAAACCACCACCAACACCAAGAGAGAGUGGGACGUUUCGCUUCACAGCACAGCAUGACACCGGGUAUGCGUCAAGUCAGCCGACAAUUCGCCCAGGACCUCCAUGAUGUUGUCGAGUACGUUAUCGGCGUGACGACGGAAUUCUUCGUCCAUGAAAAGCCAGCCUACGCGACAAAAUGCGAGUGUGCUUCCGAUUCCGUUCAUGGCGAUGGAGCCGAUGGUGAGCAAGACGGCGACGAAGAUAGUGACGAAGAUUGGUAUUCUGAUGACGAGAGUGAUGUUGGCCUUGGUGGAGAUGAUUAG